UUUAUUGUUUCAGGAAAAAAUGUUGCAACGGGCCAAUACUAAAGAGUGUGUUUAAUUGAUUUGUGGCAGGACAAGCCAACUCAGACGAUUUGAACAAACUUCGGCAAACAAUUUUAACGAGUUAAACGUACAGCAGGGAAUCUGAACCCAUCUGCCGCGAUAUAAUACUGUCAGGAGAUGUAAAUAAGCGAGUUCAGGACAGGCGCAUUUAGUUCACUACGUAUCCACAAUUGCUACGUACAAUUGAUAUUCACUGAACUUACGCACCGAGGUUUUUACGUCUUUACGUUCCUUCUUCGGGGAACAGGAUUGGACACCAGAACGCAACUGCCGUGAGGCAAGAAUAAGAAGAUGUUGCUACAGGUGGGAGGACAGCGCUCUGCCCUGGGGCUGUUGGCCAUCAGGAGGAUGUGGCAUAUGACCCGCUCCACUCAUACCGCACCCCAGACACUGGAGUACAAACCCAUCAAAAAGGUCAUGGUGGCUAAUAGAGGAGAGAUUGCCAUCCGGGUGUUUCGGGCAUGCACAGAGCUGGGGAUCCGCACAGUGGCCGUCUACUCUGAACAGGACACGGGCCAGAUGCACAGACAAAAAGCAGAUGAAGCUUACCUCAUCGGGAAGGGGCUGCCACCUGUAGCCGCCUACCUGCAUAUACCAGACAUCAUCAAAGUGGCCAAGGAGAAUGACGUAGAUGCCAUCCAUCCAGGCUACGGCUUCCUGUCAGAACGAGCAGAUUUUGCCCAGGCAUGCAUGGAUGCUGGGGUACGUUUUAUCGGCCCCACCCCAGACGUGGUGCGCAAGAUGGGGGACAAAGUUGAGGCGCGUACCAUUGCCAUUAAUGCAGGUGUGCCGGUGGUACCUGGAACAGCUGCUCCUAUCUCAUCUUUGCAGGAAGCUCAAGAGUUCUCCAACAGCUACGGCUUCCCGAUUAUCUUCAAGGCUGCGUACGGGGGCGGGGGCCGUGGAAUGCGGGUGGUCAAAGAGUAUGAGGAACUAGAGGAGAACUAUCAGCGAGCGUACUCUGAGGCCCUGGCAGCCUUUGGCAAUGGAGCUCUGUUUGUUGAGAAGUUCAUUGAGAAACCAAGACACAUCGAGGUGCAGAUCCUGGGCGAUAAAUACGGCAAUGUCAUUCACUUGUACGAGAGAGACUGCUCAAUCCAGAGGAGACACCAGAAGGUGGUGGAGAUCGCGCCGGCCUCACAGCUGGACCCACACCUCAGAGACAGACUGACUGCUGACUCCGUGAACCUCGCUCGACAGGUCAAUUAUGAGAACGCAGGCACAGUGGAGUUCCUGGUGGAUAAACAUGGUAAACAUUACUUCAUCGAGGUCAACUCCCGUCUGCAGGUGGAGCACACAGUUACUGAGGAGAUCACAGAUGUGGAUCUGGUACAUGCUCAGUUGAGAGUGUGUGAAGGUCGCAGUCUGCCUGAGCUGGGUCUGAAACAGGACAAGAUACGGAUCAAUGGCUACGCCAUCCAGUGCCGUGUGACCACAGAGGACCCAGCACGUGGCUUCCAGCCUGACACGGGAAGACUGGAGGUCUUUCGCAGUGGAGAGGGCAUGGGUAUCAGGCUGGACAGCGCGUCUGCCUUCCAGGGUGCUGUCAUCUCCCCUCAUUACGAUUCUCUCCUGGUGAAAGUCAUCGCCAGUGGAAAGGAUCUGCCGGCGGCCUCUGCCAAAAUGAGCCGAGCAUUAGCGGAGUUCCGAGUCCGUGGGGUCAAGACAAACAUCCCGUUCCUCCAGAACGUGUUGAGCAAUAAUCAGUUCCUGAAUGGGACGGUAGAUACUCAGUUCAUCGACGAGAAUCCAGAUCUCUUCAACCUCAAACCCGUGCAGAACCGAGCACAGAAACUGCUUCACUAUCUAGGGCAUGUUAUGGUGAACGGCCCGACUACUCCAAUACCUGUCAAGGCUAAGCCUUCCCCCAUCGAUCCGGUCAUCCCACCAGUACCCCUCGGUGAGCCACCAGUGGGUUUCAGGGAUGUGUUGCUGAGAGAGGGUCCAGAUGGUUUUGCGAAGGCGGUGCGUGCCCACCAGGGUCUGCUGCUUAUGGACACUACAUUCAGAGACGCCCACCAGUCCCUCCUGGCCACUCGCGUACGCACUCACGACCUUAAACGGAUCGCGCCUUUUGUGGCUCACAACUUCAGCAACCUCUUCAGCGUGGAAAACUGGGGAGGCGCUACGUUUGAUGUGGCAAUGCGUUUCCUGUGUGAGUGUCCCUGGAAAAGGCUGCAGGAGUUGAGGGCACUGAUGCCAAAUGUGCCUUUUCAGAUGCUUCUGAGAGGUGCCAACGCCGUUGGAUACACCAACUACCCUGACAAUGCCGUCUUCAAGUUCUGUGAGGUGGCCAAAGAAAAUGGUAUGGACAUCUUUCGUGUGUUUGACUCGUUGAACUAUCUUCCCAACAUGCUCUUGGGGAUGGAAGCAGCAGGUGCAGCAGGAGGAGUGGUGGAGGCGGCCAUCUCGUACACCGGCGACGUUUCUGACCCCAUGAGGAAGAAAUAUUCUUUAGACUACUAUCUCAAACUAGCAGAUGAGCUGGUCAAGGCUGGGACGCACAUCCUUUGCAUCAAGGACAUGGCGGGUCUCCUGAAGCCUGACUCUGGCCGUUUGCUGGUCAGCGCGCUGAGGGACCGUUUCCCAGACGUGCCGAUCCACGUGCACACUCACGACACUGCGGGGGCCGGAGUGGCUGCCAUGCUGGCGUGUGCAGAGGCUGGAGCAGACAUUGUGGAUGUGGCGGUUGACUCCAUGGCAGGAAUGACGUCCCAGCCCAGCAUGGGUGCCAUUGUGGCAUGUGCUAAAGGCACCAAACUCAAUACUGGCAUCUCUCUUGAGAAGGUCUUUGACUACAGUGAGUAUUGGGAAGUGACCCGAGGCCUUUAUGCUCCGUUUGACUGCACCGCCACCAUGAAGUCUGGGAAUGCUGAUGUCUAUGAGAACGAGAUCCCGGGUGGCCAGUACACAAAUCUCCACUUCCAAGCACACAGUAUGGGGCUGGGGAACAAGUUUAAGGAGGUGAAGAAAGCCUACGUAGAAGCCAACAAGCUGCUCGGUGACCUCAUCAAAGUGACACCCUCCUCUAAGAUUGUGGGCGAUCUGGCGCAGUUCAUGGUGCAGAACGCUUUGACUCGGGCAGAAGUGGAGGAGAGAGCGGAUGAGCUGUCUUUCCCCCUUUCCGUGGUAGAGUUCCUGCAAGGACACAUCGGCAUCCCCCACGGAGGAUUCCCAGAGCCCUUCAGGUCAAAGGUUUUGAAGUCUCUUCCACGUGUGGAAGGACGUCCCGGAGCUUCCCUGCCUGCAUUGGAUUUCCAGGCCUUGGAGAAGCAGCUGCAAGAAGCUCACGGUGAUGAAAUCACCCCUGAGGAUGUAAUGUCAGCAGCCAUGUACCCCAAAGUAUUCCAGGAGUUCAAAGAAUUCACUAGAAACUUUGGACCUGUGGAUUGUCUAGACACUAGACUCUUCCUGGAUGGACCCAAGAUUGCUGAAGAGUUUGAGGUUGAGUUGGAGCGAGGCAAGACACUUCAUAUCAAGGCUCUGGCUCUAGGAGACCUUAAUAAAGCCGGUCAGAGAGAGGUGUUCUUUGAGCUCAAUGGUCAGCUGAGAUCCGUCCUGGUCAAAGACACCGUGGCCAUGAAGGAGAUGCAUUUCCACCCUAAAGCCCUGAAGGACGUUCGUGGACAAAUUGGAGCUCCUAUGCCCGGUAAGGUGGUAGAGGUGAAAGUGAAGCAGGGCCAGCAGGUGGAGAAAGGACAACCGCUCUGUGUCCUCAGCGCCAUGAAGAUGGAGACGGUGGUGAACUCUCCGCUCUCCGGCAUCGUGGCCAAGAUCUACGUGACUUCCGACAGCACCCUGGAAGGAGACGAUCUUAUUCUGGAAAUCACUGAAUAGAUAUCAUGAAGGCCAACAGCAGGGAACAUAACACAUCGCCACUGCCAAUCCCUGCAAGGCUAAACACACACACACACACACACACAGAGAGAGAGAGAGAGAGAGAGAGAGAGAGUUACACAUGGAGGCUAACACCUUUUAGUAGAAGCAUACAUUAAGGAGGGAAAAAUAAGGUUGAGCUUAUUUUUACAGAAUUUCAAAGAACGAUUGAUGAAUCUGAAAACGCUUGUACUUUCAAGCUUGAAUUCUUUGACUUUAGUGUCGUGUGCUUUUGUCAUCCUCAAUCGCUUUUUAAAUUGUACGUGAUGAGGAUGUGAGCUAGUGUUAUUCUGUUAACAGAAACAGUUAGUAGAAAUCAGUCUUUAAUUAGUAUUAUUGAAUGUAAUGAAAACUAAAAGAUUUACACUGAAAAUAUAUCAAGCAAUAAAUUAAUGACAGAACAAAUUUAAUUAGUUGCAUUCCUAGUCACGUUAAAUAUUGCACACAGAUGUUUCAUUGUGAUCGUUUACAUGAACUAAAAGCACUAAAAAAACUAAAAAAAAUCCAGAAACAAUUCUCACAAAAUCAUAUGCACAAUCCCUCCCUUAUAUAUAUAUAUAUAUAUGUGUAUAGAAGUCUUAUGUCAGAGAGGAUCUUACUUGAAUUACCAAGGCAAAGAGCUGUCUCACAUACCCAAUGUUUUGACCAAUGUCCUUGCUUGCUUUGUUGCUGGGAAAACAAGUGCAGGAAUGGAUCCGUCCCCAUCUUACACUCGAGUUGUGUAUCAUGUAAAGGUGGAGAAUAGUUCCCCAGGUGUUUUGGGCUGAAGUGAGCCCCAUCGAGGCCAACGAGGAUCGAUGAGUCUAUAUUCAAGAGCACUUAUAGACUCCGCAGCAGCUUCUGGGCACAUUGAGUUUGAAUGUAGGCUUUAGGGGAACGUCCUUUUCCCAGGCCUCAUCUUGUGCUUGUGUUCCAAUUCCUCUCUUAAUGUAAAUUUAUUUCACUGUCCUGUUACAUUCCCCUUAGUAGCAGAUGCCUCAUGGUUGUCGUAAUGACACUGAACGGGUGUAUUCUCCAGCUUUCUUUUAAUUUCCCUUGUUGAACACGAUUGAUAUAAUUCGUAACAGAUAAUGAGAGGUUUUAUUCAACGGCGUUCAAGUAAUUGAAAGCACUUAGCCUGAAAUCUACGAGACGCAUGGCUGUUGCGGCAAAAGAGGUCCAUUGGGGUGCGUCUGAAAUGGUUUUAGCAGUCUUGACUUUAAGUAGACCAAUUCAUCAUGUGGACCAAUAGCCUGCAACUUGGAUAUUUUCUCAUUGGUUAUCAUAACAUCCCAUGGUGGAGACUAGAGCGCGUUGUUUUAACUGUGUGAAUUGUACAGGCCCAUAAAUGUGAUGAUCGUCCCUUCAAACGGAUGUUGCCAUUAAAAAUGGCAUCUAAUGUUGUUUAGAUGUAGAUUUUAGAGCACAAAAUGUCUGUGACUGGAUCUCUAAACAAUCCAUCUCAUCACCACAGUCAUAUUUGAGAUUGUUCCUCUGUGUUAUUUGACAAAUACAUCUUAGUUUACAUGAGCACAGUGCUAAGGACUUGUGAUAGGCACAAAACUGUCAGGAGAGGGAGGAUUCCUGUUGGCUUUUGGACUUUUAUUUGGUUCUCAUAUCAAUAUGGGGCAGUAACGGGGGUGUCUGAAAAUCUCUGGAGAACCGUUUAAUGCUGUCAGCUGUGACAGUGCAGUCAAGCCAGUGACCCUUGCUGCAAUUCUGAGAGUUUUUGAGUCGAGAAGUGGUUGACAUAGCUUUGUUUUAUGCUGCCAACAAUGCAGCUUUUAUCAAAGUUGUUAAAUGGGUCAUGCACCGUCUUAAUAUAGCAUCGUACGUUGCUGAUGCAUAGGUAGGUACAUUGUUAAUUCAAACUGUUGAAAUUUACAGGGUAAAUAUUUCUGUGCAUAGAUUAUGUGUUUGAAAUUGGGAAUGUUCUGAAGGGAAUUGGAACUAAUCUGUGUGACAUUUCAGAUCUGAUGCCUUUAAUAGCAUUCGUUAUCUUUCCAUUUGAAUGUCUUUAUUUCUGUGAAGUUCAUCUCUUUCAGUCUGUUUUGAUAAUGAGAAUUAUAACAUGCAAAUACUAAUGCACCAUACCCUUGUGUGUGUGUUAUUUUAGCAUCGAAAAUGUUGGAGAAAAUAUAUGAAUAAUAAAUACAUAAAAGCAAGCUAA